GGUGUGUUGCAUGUUGAAAUCAUAAAUAAUGGUGUCUUUUGUCCCUGAGAAAGGGAAUAGCUGUUGGAUAUGGAGGUAUAUGUCUCAUAUAUAGUCUAAAACACUAAGCUGGCUUGGUCCUUAGGACCUUUAGGAACUUGAAGAACAUGAACAAAUAUUUUGCAUUUUUUGCCUACCAGGUACCAGACCCCCUUAAAAGAGCGUGUAGCAAUACAGCGCAGAGUGAGCGAGCGCGAUAAUCGUUUCGAGUGAUGAUUUUCCCAAUUCAACUCGUUUAUAUUUACUUCUCAUUGCAAGGUAAGAUUCCCCCCGUACCUACCAGUAUCGACGUACCGUACAGGUUUUGCAGGCAGUGUCUAUGGACGGCCAACCCUGGAGCCAGAAAUAUCUGUUUAUGGCUGUCCAGAAGACACUUCAGUGAAAUUAACUUGUAAUGAUCAUGAAAUUCAUUCCAUGGCCUGGAAAGCAGAUCCCUAUAUUCCAGUUAAUAAUCCUAUUUUGUAUGUGUCGGGUCAAAUAGCAACCGGCUCACACCCAGUUCAUCAUAGAGACGCCUUUGUUGCAACUCUCACAAAUUUAACAAGAAGCGGUGAUGACAUUCAUGUGGCAGAUUUGACUUCAGAACUCAUUUUCACCACUAGUGGGGUGGACAAUAACACCAGAAUCACAUGUCAGACAAAUGUCUGGAAGCCAACAAGAAAAAAUGACCAUCACCUUCUACCAUGCUGGUUUGCCUUACUUGAAGAAUGACUCAAUCAUGCGCAUGGAGAAAGGGGCAUAUUUCACAGCAGUACUUGAGCUAGGAGAUAUGUUUGAUGGAGGAGGAGUUCCAAUUGAUCACUACAUUAUUCAAGUGGACAACGGCAUACAGUUGGAAACUCCAGGCCCCACUUACAGUUUUGACAUCAUGUACAAUACUACACUGUCAGUGAACAUCUCAGCCCACAACUGUGCAGGAUAUAGCCAAAUUUACCUAGUUGCACUCUCUGCUGCAAAAUCACAAAACCCCAUAAUUACUGCUUCACCAACACUCUUUGUGACAAGUGCACUUAAAAGUAAAGGUGAGUUUAUAAGAAACCUUGAAUUAAGCAUUAAUUAUAUACCAAUUCUAUACAAUCACACCCAAGAACAAACGAAGUCUCAGCAAGAUGUCACUGAUUUUGGCUGUGGUCCCAGUAACAUUAGUUUCAACCCUUUUCAUUAUUACUCUUACAAUCCUUGCCCUUGUUUGCUUCUCCAAGAAGUUUCCUAAACGGAACAGCAACUGUUGUGAUUCAACAAAGCAGGGUAUUCACUCCUCAACUCCAGUAGACAGUAGCAGUGUACCCAUCUACGACACGCCUAGUUGGGACACAACCUACUAUAAACCUGGGUACAACCUCACCACGGACCAUGACUGCUUCAUGGAGGAAAACCCAGUGUACCUGAUGGCAACCAAUACAAGAGACAAAGAAUACUCUGAAGCAGAAGAAGCACACACAUCACAGGAUGUUUAUGAGGCACUUUAAAGAAAGUCAAUUGAUGUAUAAAACUCUAAACUCACUGUAGAGUCUAUAGUUUUUAGCCAUUAGUUUAGCGUAGGCUAAUUUUUGUUAAUCCUCCAAUUUCUUGGUUUGUAGUCAGAGGCUAAUGAACCUCAACGUUCAC